UGGAGAAAAAAAAAAGGCAAAAACCAAAAAGGAAGAUCCGAAAUUUUCCCCCGAAAAUCUCAGAUUCUGGGAAAAGGAAAGGAAAUCGCCAAGGAGAGAAUAAGGAAAAAUUUCAUUCCAAUCGGAAUAUUUGGGCAGAGAUUUGUUCAAACGAUAAAUCUAUCUUUGGGAGAGAAAGAAAAGUUAAAUUUACGAAGAUCGUUUUCCAGUUUUUAACAUUUGUUCUUCUUCUUCUUCGUUUUAUCUUUCAUCGGGAAAAAGGGAACAAAUCUAUUUCCUUAUUUAAUAAUCACAGAUUUUUCCUCUUUAUUGUUGUUGAUCAUUGUGAUCAUCAUCUCUACUUACAAACUCGAAAACGAUUUGUCUCUGAUUUUUUUGUUUCUCAGAAGAUAAGAGACGUAUAAGCGUUUUUGAUUUUGUCUCUGUGACUGUGUUUGUCUCAUAACGAGCCAUGUCGGAAACUCAGCAGGUUCAGAACUCUACUGGGUCGAUUCGAUCUUCCGAGAAAACUGAAGAUACCUUCAGGAGGAUGAAACUUAAUGAAGACAAUAUGGAGCAAUCUAGUCCAUAUCCUGAUCGUCCUGGUGAGCGAGAUUGCCAAUUCUUUCUGAGAACUGGGCAGUGUGGCUAUGGAACCAGCUGUCGAUACAAUCAUCCUCUUACUAAUCUUCCACAGGGUGUCUUUUAUCACAGAGAUGAACUGCCUGAGAGGAUUGGACAGCCAGACUGUGAGUAUUAUCUGAAGACAGGAGCCUGUAAGUAUGGCUCAACAUGUAAAUAUCACCAUCCAAAGGACAGGAAUGGUGCUGGACCCGUGCUUUUCAAUGUUCUCGGUUAUCCUAUGCGACAGGGUGAGAAGUCAUGCCCAUAUUACAUGCAGACGGGAAUGUGCAAAUUCGGAGUUGCCUGCAAAUUCCAUCAUCCUCAUCCUCAGCCUCAUAAUGGCCACUCUACAUAUGGAAUGUCCAGCUUCCCUUCUGUUGGUUAUCCUUAUGCCGGUGGAUUGACGAUGAUGUCUUUGCCUCCUGCAACAUAUGGAGUUAUGACACCUCCUCAAGUUCCUCAAUCUCAGGCCUAUAUGCCCUUCAUGGUUGCGCCUUCUCAAGGUCUUUUACCUCCUCAAGGCUGGCCGACUUACAUGGCUGGAUCUAACCCCAUGUAUAAUGUGAAAACUCAACCGGACUCCAGUUCUAGUGCAUCGGUGACUGUGGCCGUGACAUCGCAUCAUCAAAAUUAUUCUGACAGAGCUGAAUGUAGGUUUUUCAUGAACACCGGAACGUGCAAAUAUGGAGAUGACUGCAAAUACAGUCAUCCGAAGGAAAGGAUGUUACACUCACCACCGAAUCUCUCAAACCCUAUUGCUCUUCCAGCUAGACCAGGACAACCAGCAUGUGGUAACUUCAAGGCCUAUGGAUUCUGCAAGUAUGGAGCAAACUGCAAAUUUGAUCACUCAAUGCCUACUGCUAAUGCUUCGCCGGUUGUAACUCAUCUGAGGAUCUCAUCACCGCCAAGCAACUCUGAUUCAACUACCAAUGGUAAUAAACCUGCUGCAGAGAAUCACAGCUCAGAGAUUGAGAAACAGGAGGAUAUAUCCACACAACCGGACAAGUCAGAAGUGCAGGACUCAUCGCAACCAAACCACUCUGAUUCAACUGCCUUGUCCAAUGGUAAACCUGAUGCAGAGAAUCCGAGCUCAGAGACUAAGAAAGAGGACGAAAAUCCUGUACAACCGGAAAAGUCAGAAAAGCAGGAAUCCUCUGAUAAUUCUUCUUGAUCAUGAUCAUGAUCUCAGGGUUUUCUAACGAUCUCAAAUGAUAUCUCUGCCCUUUUUGUUAAUUUUUUUGGAAGGAGGGCAUCUUCUAUCUCUUUUUUGUUUUGUUUUUGUUUUUGUUUUUUUGGAUUUCGGAUACAGCAUGGCUGAAACAAAAUAGGAAAUGGACAGUGUUUUUGAAUUGGUUAAUAAAAUUUGA